AGGUAAAUAUAUAUAAUCUUUCAUUCAUUUUCUCAAGGAAAACAUACGAUCUUGAACAUUAAAUGGAAAAUACAAAGAGAAAGAAAUUAACAAACAAAGCAACACCCACGGCGGAAUUCUUCAAGGAAAAGCAGAUCCAGAUCUGAUGGGAGGGAUCCCACCCACGAGACCAGGCUCCCAUCGUCCCCUUCACCACCGUUCCCAGAAAAACUCCUCUGUUCAAAGGUUUACCUAAACAAAGCAGACACGGUAAACAAGUCCUCCGUCAACUCCGAAUACAAAACCGAGUCCCCUUUCAACAGAAAGCUCUUCCUUUUCUCCGCCGGCAACACCAGAACCACCAAAAAAAAAUCCCCCCCUUUUCUAACCUAAAACCCUCUAUUUAUACUCAAACCAAAACCAACCCUAAAAACCCUAAAAAUCCCAACCGGAACCUUCCAGAAAUCACUCUCCGGGCUUUUCUGUGUCCACGGUUUUGGGCUCCUCCAAUCACCAGAAUUUUGCAAUGCAUUUGGGCCUCUCUGGUCUUUACCUUUUUUUACAAACUCUGCGAAAUGCAUUUGGGCCUUAAAUCCACGCCCAAUUCAUCCGGUCGUCACCCACUCGUGCAUAGAUUUCCUCUGCAAAUCUAUUCCAGUUGCAGGGAGAUCGGGAUUUUGCCAACUCGUCGAAGCUCCGCGUGCACACCACCGCCAUCGCUGGUUGGUAGAUCUGGCUUUCCUCUCUCUGGUUCCGAUGCUCACUCGCCAGCGUGGGUCAUGGUGGCUCGUGGGGAUGGUCUUUUGCACGGCUGUCGGCAACCCAAGCUUCCAGAUAGCGGAAAAGGGAUGGCCGGGAUCUGUGCAAGGAAGAAAGGGGAAACCGAAGGAAGAAAGAAGCCGAGGGUUUCAUGGGAGGGGAGGAAUCUUGGGUAUGGAGGGAAAGCUCGGUUGGAGAAGGAGAAGGAGAAGGGAGACGGUAGAAGGAGGAGGUGGUUGCCGGCUGUGGUGAUGAUGAAAUCGGUAAGAUGAUGGUGGUGAUGGUGAUCGGAGAAAGAGGAUGAAGAUGGCUGCUGGUUGCUAGCAGAAGGAUGGGGAGGGUUCGGGAGAAAAAGAGAGAAGGCCGAGAGUGAGGGUUGACCGAAAAAUGGGGGAAG